AUGAAAGAAAGACCCUUGAAGUGCGAUGGAUGCGCAAAAGCGCAAGAAGAAAAGCGAAGUGAGCGCGAAGUGCCGAGAGAGCGCACUAAGGCGGAUAACGAUAACCAUUGGAAACACAAAGUGUGCCCAAGUGGUGACUACUACUUUAAAGUAAAACCCAAUAGGGAGGGAAGUACAGCAAAGGGGAGUAAUAAUGAUGAAGUACGCUGCAAUGCUUGUUACAAACCACGAGGCAAGGGAUAUGACGUACCAAUGAGGGCGCUUAAGCACGAGAAAGUGCACAAGGUGCACGUGUGGGAAUGCUGCGCGUUGUGUGGGAAAGUACCCGCGCCUAUGGCGCGUUUCGCGGGAAAGCUGCGCGUUAUGUGGUAA